AGAUGGCGUCACAAUUGUUUUAGUCAUUUACUUGCACUGGCAUCGGGCAGAUCGUAUGAAGAUCGCGGUGCCGGAUACCAAAAUUGACCUCUUCAAAAAAAGAGCUGUAUUUGGUGAAUUGGACCAAAACCAGACCAUCGUGGUCACAUAUCAACCGCAAUAUCAUCAUUCAUUACUAUCACAACCACCGUUUUCUUGUUGGAAUUCAUCAGUGAUCGGUGCUGUGGCUUGAUUAGUGUUUUGUGUGCAAGAACCCAUCAUCCUGUGUUCUGUGAUCGCACCAAUCUCAGUUGCAUAGUUCUGUUUCUCUUUUUUUUGUUCAACGCGAGUGCAAUGAUCGUAACACGGAUGGAUCUAUGAAUGAUAGUAACACCUAGUUCGUGGUGAUCGAGACAUGCAAUUCUAUGGAUUAAAUUAUCUCACCUAAUAUUGUAUUCUGCAGAAGAAAAUCAUGAGUCGUCAAGAACGUACUUUUCGGAAUGGCAUAGAACUCAAUAAUAUGUCAUCACCGAAGAACUCACGAGAAGAGAGACGCUACUCUGUGCCUCAUCAUGGUCCAAAUACUCCACUUCCGCCUCCAGCAUCGGAGGAUUUGCACGCGUGGUCGAUCUACAGACCUGAGGCUUUUUACAGACAAAACCUCAACUCGGACUUUACCGACUCGGCCCUGGGAUCAUCCGACAAGUCUCCACUGCCAUAUGGGAAUUUUCAGCUGAGAGACACCACAGUCCAGUCAAUUCUCAACCAUCCACGAUAUGGGCCCAAAUCUCCUCUGGGAUCCAACAUGUACACUUACCUUAAAUUCGGGCUGCCACGUGUUUUUCCGCCGAAUGCGGGCUCUCAGAGGUCCCACAGUCGUCCAGGACCUGGUGGUGGGGGCAGAGGAAGGGUCAACAGGGGCUACCGGGAAAGUCAACCAAUAGGUGGUGCAAGCAGUGGUUACGACAGCAGCGACAAUGAGACAACACGUGGAAGGGUUCCGCCAAAUUUGCGCAAAUUCCGCAGUGAAAGUGACUUCAGGGCCCUUGGGGUCGUUACUGGAUCACGACCUAGUUCCAGGGCACAUGGAAACAUCCCUCUGGCAGCUCUGAAGCAGGCCAACAGUCGGGCUAGUAUCGCAGGAACGCACUUGAAUCAUCACGCUAAUUCGCGCCAUUACGGCAACAGAUCACAUAGUGAAGCUGACCUACUAGGUCCAGAUACCUACGACUAUGACUCGAGACUAUACGCUCCAUCGAGGGCGAGAUCAGAUCAGGUUCUUCUCUCACGAAGACAAUCUCCUUUAGGACUGGUAUACCCUAACAUUCAAGUUCACUCUCUGGACGUAAUGCCGGGUAUUAGGGGAGUGUCUUUGCAAGCAAAAGCUGGCGAUCUCUUUGCCAUAAUGGCAACAUCGCAAAAGGAAGGAACAGCACUUACGGAAGCGCUAGCUGGUCUUCGGAAACGCCUUGCUGGUGAGAUCCUCGUUAAUGGGCAGCAUAUCACGCAACGGGGUCUUCGAGAUCUCUGUGGUUACGUGCCAGCUCCUGAUCGUGCAGCUCUAGAUCCUAGAAUGAGUGUCCAGAGUACACUGAGUUUCCAUGCAUCUUUGCGAGGUCCUGUUGAUCGUAGCGAUCUCAAGGAGAGGAUUGAUAUUCUUAUAGAGGAUCUAGGCCUAACAGCAGUUCGUACAGCCAAUGUAUCGCGCUUAACGCAUUCAGAACGACAACGUCUUAGUGUGGCAUGCCAACUUCUGACUCAAGCUAGCGUUCUGAUCCUCGAUCAAGCCACUACUAGCAUGGACAUCUUCGAUACAUUCUUCUUAGUGGAAUACCUCAGGCAGUGGUGUAGCAGUGGACGUAUCGUGAUAAUGACUCUGCAACCGCCGACUUUUGAAAUUCUAUCGAUGUGUUCUGGUGUUCUACUUUUAUCUGGAGGACGUACUGUGUUCUCUGGCAGUCGAUCUGAUCUACCACGCCACAUGGGCACGCUAGGCUAUCCGUGUCCACCGUUCAAAAAUCCAGCUGACUACUACUUAGACCUCGUAACUCUGGAUGAUCUUUCAGCUGCUGCCAUGUUGGAAUCUUCAGCUAGGAUUGAUUCACUGGCAUCGGCAUGGGAGCAAGUUAAUGCUGAAGUGCCAAUUGGAGCUCCUCCAGCUGCUAUGCCCAAUUUCACGAAGAGAGCUGGGGUAUUCAAGCAAAUAACAACUCUAUGUAAAAGGUACAUUGUGUACAAACAACCAGGAUCUUUGCUAUCCUGGAUCAGUAGACUUAUUGCAGCAGCUGUACUGUCACUCUGCAUCGGAAGUAUUUUCUGGGAUGUGCCAGCAACGGAUCCUCAGUUGGUCCAGAAUGAUCGCCUAGGUUAUCAUCAUUGCAUCAUGGCUGUGGCAUUCUGGCCUCUACUUCUACUUGCCAUCCGUGAUGCUCAUGAAGAUCGUGAACAUGCAGAACGAGAGAUUUCGCUGCGGCUCUACUCACGCCCACUCUACAUCAUCGUGCAGAGUGUUCUGAGCGUGAUGCCUAGCCUCUGCAUCUGGUUGGCCUACCUCCUGCCAGCUCACAGUAUGGCUGGCCUCUAUUCCUACACCACAAGCAGCGACCGCGGGAUUUACAUCUACAUGGGUUACAUGCUUCUGUACUUAAUGGCCAUACAAGCACUCGCGCUCUUUGCUGCGCACUUCUUCUCAACAAAAACCAGCGCCGGUGUCUUCACAGGACUAGUGAUGCUCGCCGUGACGUCCGUAGGUGGAUAUUCCAUUCACUCAGCAUCAAUUCCUGCAUUCUGGAAUUGGGUAUCUGUUCUAUCGCCCGAACGCUGGCUCCUCCCUGUCUUGGCUGAAGAUGAAUACAGUGCUGAGACAAUUGCUAACACAGCUGGUCUUCAAUUGUGUCGAAACAAACAGGUGCAACAUCAAGAGAUCAUUGUUCAACAACCCUGUCCUCCACCGAAUGGGACUCAAAUCCUCGCUGAUCACUUACUCCUGCCACGCGAUCAUGCCCUAGAUCCACGGAAUAUGCAUGAAGCCACCCUCAUAGCACUUAUCGUGGCAGCUUGUUUGCUCUUCUUCCUCGCAUUUGUAGCCUUUAGCGUCAACACAUGGCGAGUUUUCUCGCGCAAGAAGAAGAGUUCCCAGGACAGAUAAACCAUCAAUCAGAUAAAUUUAUUCAUUUGACACAAUUGCAAUUUUUUUGCUCCUUAAAUAUACAAAUUUUUAAGAUAACAAU